UAUAUUAUCAACAACCCUAACUGCAACCCUGUGGAGACGCCGACUGGUAAAAAAAAAAAACGAAAAAAACGAGCACCGGAAAAUCGGCGAGGAAAAGAAAGUAGCACUGAAAAGCGAGCCACAGUUGCAGACUCACUGAAAACGUGUCCCAGUCCGAGAAAUAAGACGCGUCUGCGAACAAGAUGUCGGACAUCUCCAGCGAGGACCUGCGCCGCGAAAUACAGUCGGUGCUAAAGGAUGCCGACCUGUCCACCAUCUCGGCCAAACGUGUGCGCGAGCAGGUGGAGGGGAAGCUGAACUGCUCGCUGCUGAACCGCAAGAAGGAGUUCGACAAGAUCGUCAUGGAUGUGAUCAACGAGCAGCAGGACGAGGAGGAUGACGAGGACGACGACGGCAAGGAUCCGGACGCCGAUCCCGACGACGAGAGCGAGUCCAGCGAGGUGGAGAACAACAGCAGCAGCGAAGAGGAGGCCCAGAAGCAGAAGAAGAAGCCGGGUCCCAAGAAGCGGGGCCAGCCCAUCAAGCACAAGACGGGUCCGAAGAAGAAGCGCAAGACCCUCAAUGCCGACGAUUCGGGAACGGAGAGCGAUGCUGGCUCCGACUCCGACUACGAGGUGGUGAAGAAGCCGGCCGCCAAGAAGAAGGCCAAGUCUGCCGGCGGAACUACUGCCAGUGGCGCCGCCAGGAAGAGCACAGGCUUCACGCGCGCCUACAACCUGUCGCCGGAACUGAGCGCCCUCAUGGGCGCCCCAUCCCUGCCACGUCACGAGGUGGUCAAGAAGGUCUGGGCCAUCAUCAAGGAGCGGGAUCUGUACGAUCCGAAGAACAAGCAGUUCGCCAUCUGUGACGACGAGCUGAUGAAGGUGAUGAAGAUCCGCCGCUUCCGCACCUUCGGCAUGUUGAAGCACCUCAAGCCGCACUUCCUCGACUAAGGCCCCACCCAUCCUCUCCAGCCUACCAGCUCUCCAGAUGCAAAUACGCCACACACACUAGCUUAGUUUCCACCGCUGUCUGGCAAACUUUCGGCUCCGCUUAGAUUCGUUUUUUCCACUUUUGGUUAAGACUUAGUUGGCAUGUGUUUUUAGCAUUAACCAUUAAUUAAGACGCGUCUACACAAGCAUUUUUAUGUAGUCUACGACAUUUUAAGUAAUCUAAAAAAAGAAAAGUUUAUACAAUUAUCAAGAAAAAGAAGAACGACGACAAAAACGAAGAAAUUAAGAGAAAGAAAGUAACGAAUACAGAACGAUUUGUAUAAUUUUUUGGUAACAAACAAACUCUCUUGUGUAGUUUACAUUUAAUAAAAGUAUCAAAGAGAAAAUAUAACAAGUUUAAGGCAAAAAUAUUGAUUAAUAAAAAGAGAAAUAGACGAGUGAUGCAUCUGAAAUAAA